GACAGGAAGUGAAGGAGCCUGGAGCACUCAGCACCGUUGGUAUGCUGGACAUUAUCAGAGCGCUCCUUUUCGGCAAACGACACACAUUUCCUUUACACCAGGGAACGUGCUGCAGAGCCACAAUACAUGUUCAAACAGAAACAUUUUUGUCUUAGAAAACCUCAAAAAAACAGGAGGAGGCGGCGGCAGCAACAUUCCAGCACCUUUAGGGUCUCGUGUACAUCGUGUCUGUACUUGUAGUCGUUCUCUCAGCAUCGCAGCUGCAUCCAGGACUACAGCAAUAAUGUGCACCUUGUUUCGAGCGCAUAUGUUUCCGCACAUACCAGACCUUACGAGAAAGGGGAGAGGGCUGUUUGGACAGGUACUCCAGGGCAGUAAAUCAGAGUAAGCGCCCAUUGAGCUGUAUGGAGGGGGCAGGCCCUGACAGGUACCAGCCUUACUCUGUAGAAGUGUAAAACCGGUCCUUGCCCACCAUGCGUACCUGCCACGAGUACCGCGGUACCCACGGAGCAGACAGCAGACACUGCGAGAACGUGCGUGAGGUACGUAGCCCUGAGCACACAGGAGCCGCACCGAGAGGUCAGUACGGCGAGAGCGAUUCCACUGCAAAGCGCAGUGUCACAUGAUGUUUUUUAACUCUACAUUUCAUUGGGGAAAUGCUCUUAAACGCCUCUUUAUUUGUACCGUUUUAUGCGACUGCAGCCGUUUCACCGACUCUUCAGAAGAAGAUCAUUUCACUCACUCACAUGCACUUUCAAACAUUAAAUUAAUAAUCUUGUAAGUGGUUCAUGCAGGGGUUGAGAACAUUUUUCUAUCUUAAUUACACAGCUGGAAAUUAUGACUUGAAAUGUCUCCAGUCUCAUUUGCUCUCAGUUGUAUGUUGCUUUGAAGAAAGACAUGAAAAUUAAAGGUAAAGGUAACAGCUCUGCUGCUCCAAGUUUGGGUUCUUAUAAUAAUAAUAACAAUUAUUAUUAUUAUUAUUAUUAUUGAUGAUGAUGAUGAUUACUGUGUUAAUUCUGCACGGAGCUGGUCCUUUUGUCACUGCUGCAGCUGGUGAACCAGUGAAGCGCACAGCAGGACUUCAAUUUCUGCAAAGUGUGGGUGAGCAGCCGGUACUCUUACCCAUGAUGCGCCCCGACACCCUGCUUGCAACGUAAACUCCUCACACCAUGGCCGAGAGCAGCAACGCAAAAAUCCCGCUGGCUGAUGACCCAGACAUGUCCCCGCAGUGGGGUAGAGGGCCGCCUGCCAUCGCCUCCCUGGGAAAGCAGGCCAGCGGGCUACGCGCCCCCUCCCCAACACCAGCCUCUGCCGAGAUGACCGGGCAGCCAUACGCACGCUCCCCAAGAGCAAUGAGGAAGGUCAUCACGGCAGGUGGCACUCAAGCCAAGGAACUACUUUCUAGACACCUGGAGGAGCUGGAGGAGGAACAAGCAAGAGCUGAAGCUCACCUGCAGUCACUGAAGAAGCGGAGCACCAACCUGGCGAGGAGCGCCGAGGCCAUGAAGCUCCAGGUGAGCGAGCGCUACGAGAGCAUGAGACGUGUCCUGCAGAAGGAUGAAGAAGCCACACUGGACGCUGUGGAGCAGGAGCACAGAGAGGCCAACAUGCGGCUCACUGAUGUCCUGCGGGACUGGAAGCAGCACCUGAGCCAGCUGCAGAGGGACAUCGCCAGCACGCGUCGAGCACUGGAGCCAAAGAGGGACGCGCAGGACUGUUCGUGGGACUUCAGUUGCCCCAAGAAGAAAGAAGCAGCCAAGGAGGAGAUCACGAUGAACGAAGAUCGUUUUCACAAACUGCUCAAAAUACUGCGCAGUGUUUGCAACAAACUCGAGGCACAGCUCCAGAGGAAGAGCUUCAUGCUGGACGCAUCCGCUGUAGAGAUCGACAGACACAGUUGUCACAGACACAUCACAGUGUCUGGAGGCGGGAGACGCCUGUGCUUCUCCACUGAGGCCAAGCCUGCGCCGGUGCUCCCCCUGCAGUUCGACAAGGUGUACUGCGGCUUAGCCUCAAGGGGCAUCACAGCGUCCCGUUGCUACUGGGAGGUGGAUGUGCGGUGCUGCACCGCCUGGGCCGUGGGUGCAGCCUACGGGCGCCUGGAGAGAAAGGGUAAAGUAAAGGGUGCUGAGCUGGGCCGCAAUGCCCACUCUUGGUGCCUGGAGCUCCACAGCGGCGCUCUCUCAGCCUGGCACAACGACCGGUGCGUGACGUGCCGGCCCGCGGGCACCGAGCCCCCGCGCAAGGUAGGCAUCCUCCUGGACCGCUCCAAAGGCCGCCUGGCUUUCUACGACCUCGGCUCCGUGAAGCUCCUGCACGAGUUCUCCACCGCCUGGACGCCUGGCUUUGAUCGCACGCAGCCCCAGUUCGCGGAGGCGCUCUUCCCUGCUUUCCGUUUUUUGAAGCCCGAGGGCGCUGAGCCCUGGCCCAGCCACAUGGAGAUCUGCACCCCGAUGCUUUAGGCCGUAACGGCGCAAGAGAUCAGUUGGGAUCUCAGUCCGACACCGCUGACCCGAAGGGAGCCGCUGCUUCCCCAACGGGAUUCAACACAGAGCCCUGAGACCGCUGGCUGUUCUAGGUGGCAGCCCCCUCUGCGCUACCACAAAAACACUAUAGAAAACACUCUUGGCUGCCUACAGUAGUUUCGUAAUAAAUCAACAACUUUCUACGAAUAAACUGUGUGUGUGUAUAUAUUAUAUACACACACACACUGCACUUGCUUUCCUGAUAAUUGAUAGUAUUCUAUGUACAUGUACUUGCAACAUAUUAACCUACUUUCGGCCCAGUGACCCACCUGGAGGCCACUGAGAAUGAGAGCUUGUAUGUCGAAUAAUAAAGUCAAA